GGACCGCAGUCGGGGCCUUUCUAUUCAAUCGUUGCUCUCGUGGAUUCAGAUAUACACUACACAUACUUCCGCUUGUUUGACAAGAAACCCUCUACAUAGUACAACAUGGCUUCUUCUCUCCCUCCAGUUUACAUCGCUGCCUCUGCCCGGACUCCCGUGGGCUCGUUUCUCGGAUCUCUUUCGAGUUUGACUGCCCCGCAGCUUGGUUCUCAUGCCAUCAAAGCUGCUCUUGGGAAGACAGAGGGUCUUAAUCCGUCAGACGUCGAAGAAGUUUUCUUUGGCAACGUUCUCUCCGCAAAUGUUGGACAAAAUCCCGCCAGACAGUGUGCCCUCGGUGCUGGGCUCAACGACUCGACCGUUUGCACCACCGUCAACAAGGUUUGCGCCUCUGGCUUGAAAGCCAUCAUUCUUGGAGCGCAGACCAUCAUGACCGGAAACGCCGAUGUUGUUGUGGCUGGUGGCGCGGAAUCCAUGUCGAAUGCUCCUCAUUAUCUCCCGAACCUCCGCAAUGGCGCUAAAUAUGGCCACCAGUCUCUGGUGGACGGCAUUAUGAAGGAUGGGUUGACUGAUGCUGGAAAGCAAGAGCUCAUGGGUUUGCAGGCUGAGGAGUGUGCUCAGGACUAUGACUUCAAGCGUGAGGACCAGGAUGAAUAUGCCAUUCGCACCUACCAAAAGGCCCAGGCUGCCCAGAACGCUGGUCUUUUCGAUGACGAGAUUGCCCCCAUUGAACUUCCUGGCUUCAGGGGUAAGCCUGGCGUGACUGUGUCCCAGGAUGAUGAGCCGAAGAACCUCAACCCCGACAAGCUCCGAGGCAUCAAGCCUGCUUUCAUCCCUGGUUCUGGAACCGUGACGGCUCCUAACUCCUCUCCUUUGAAUGACGGUGCUGCUGCUGUUGUCCUUGUUUCCGAGGCCAAGUUGAAAGAACUUAACUUGAAGCCUGUUGCCAAGAUCCGUGGCUGGGGUGAUGCUGCUCAGCAGCCCAGCAAGUUCACCACUGCACCAUCACUGGCCAUUCCCAAGGCCCUCAAGCAUGCAGGCUUGACCCAGGAUGACGUUGAUGCAUUUGAGAUCAACGAGGCCUUCAGUGUUGUUGCUCUUGCCAACAUGAAGCUGCUCGGUCUCUCUGAAGAGAAGAUCAACAUCCACGGUGGUGCCGUGGCUCUUGGUCAUCCUAUUGGUGCUAGUGGUGCCCGUAUUGUGGCCACUUUGCUCGGUGUCUUGAAGGCAAAGCAGAGCAAGAUUGGCUGCGUUGGUAUCUGCAAUGGCGGUGGUGGUGCAAGUGCUAUUGUUGUUGAAUCUCUUCUCUAGACGCAAAAGACGACUGGUCCAUGAAAAGACAUUGCCUGGUAUCAGCAUAAGAUUUUAGGCAGAACAUAAUGAAGGACAGAGUAUAAUGGGAUGAUAAUUCAUGAUAUGAACAGGUGCAUGAACUUACUUUUGACCAAACCAUCAUAUUUUACAGGGGUUUCAUUUAAUACUAUCCUAGUUCAGAGUCUUAAAAGUUCCCUGAGCUUUUCUGCAUAAUCUUUCAUCCAAGGACUCCAUGCCUCUUGAAUGUAAAUAGUGUUGGAAAGCAUUGUCCAAGUCACGGAAUAACCUGUUUGUAUACACAGACAUGGAAGGCGCUCAAAUAAGCCCAAACAGCCAAUUUAAUAAAGCAAGUAUUAU